AGCCAUAUAUAACUCGCUCUUCGUAGGUUUUCUUUUACGCCUCAUAUAACUCUGCUUCUUUCCACCAUGGCUGACGCAGAGGCGGUGCGAUAUGACCGCCAAAUCCGGCUGUGGGGCAAGUCGAUGCAGCAGCAGCUGAUGCACACGAACGUCGUCUUCGACGGCAUCGCCGGUGUCGCGGCUGAGGCGGCGAAGAACCUGGUGCUGGCGGGUGUGGGCGGUGUCGCGGUGGCCGACGCGGCGGAACUAGACGAGGUGGAUGCAGAAGAAAACUAUCUUAUGCAGGGAGAGCCGGGCAGUACACGAGCUGCCCGGGCCAUCCGUUCGUUGCGCCGCCUCAACCCGUACGUGCGCGUGUGCGGCAGUGCCGCAGAGCUCCAACAAGCAAACACGCUGGUGCGGGUGGUGUUCAUCGCCUCGCUGGACGAGGGCAGCGCGUGUGUGGAGGCGGCCGCUGCGUCGCCGCCUGCGCUGCUCGUGCUGCACGCCACGUUGGCCAACACCGUUGUCGCCUUCGUGCUCUACCGCAAGCUGACAACGUCGUGUGCGCUUGCCGAGCAGUGGCGGCGCCUCGUGGCCGACCCGCCGCUGCUGUCGGAGAAGCCGGCCGCCUACCAGCGCGUUAUCCUGUCCUUGUACCUGCACAACGGAGAAGCUGCACGGUUGCCGUUUGCGGAGGCGGCCGCAGCGGCCUACGAGUGGAUGGACGCCCUGCAGUUGCAGCAGCUCUGCGCCGCCGAUGUGGAGGCGGCGCUGCGUGGGUCAGCAAGUGUGGCUGGCGCCGUCUGCGCCACCGUUGCCGGCGCGUGCGUUGCGCAGCAUCUCAUUCGCCAAAUGGGCUCGCCGCGCGCGGAGACCGACGAGCAGGCCCAUCGCUGGCUGGCGUGCGCGACGGGGACGGAGGUGGAGUGCCUCACCGGAAUGUGA